UCCGGGUGUUUCCUGGUUGCUGCCAUAUUUUCCGCUGCUUCACAUUCCAGUAUCGCUAGUAGCGGCGUGUAGUGAUUCUGUGAUUAUCCUUGUUUUAUUGAGUGACAGUAUCGUGGUUUUAUUCGAUAGCGUUUUAUUCUAGUAAUUUAAAACGAUAACAUAACUGCAAACAGUCUGUUCAGGGACAGUAACAGCAGACGGUCAGAACGAGAGAGAAAGAAAGAGAAAGAGAGAGAUGACGACGCGUUCAGAGAGGGAAAAAGCCCAGAAACUGAAUGAACAACACCAGGCCAUUCUGUCCAAAAUGCUACGGGAAGAAGACAACAAGUACUGCGCCGACUGUGAGGCGAAAGGUCCAAGAUGGGCUUCAUGGAACCUAGGGGUUUUUAUUUGUAUUCGAUGUGCUGGAAUUCAUCGAAACCUUGGUGUCCAUAUAUCUCGAGUGAAAUCAGUUAAUCUGGACCAGUGGACACCUGAACAAAUACAGAGCAUGCAAGACAUGGGAAACACCAAGGCAAGAAAGCUUUAUGAAGCCAACCUUCCUGAAAACUUUAGAAGACCCCAGACAGACCAAGCUGUGGAGUUUUUCAUCAGAGAUAAAUAUGAAAAGAAGAAGUAUUAUGACAAGAAUGCCAUAAAUGGAUUAACUACAUCAUCUGAUGUUGUACUGCCUUCGACAUCCUCUCCUUCUUUGCAAGCAGCAGCUGAGAAAAGCAAAAUAGAGAAAGAAAAAGAAAAGAAGAAAGAAGAAAAGAAGAAGGAAAAGGAACCAGAGAAAAUAAAGAACAUUGCUACAUUUGAUAAAGUAAAAUCUCCUCAGAAGAAAGAAGAACACUCAACAGAUCAUCAUGCGAGUCCUCUCAAAAUAGUAGAACCAUCUAUUGAUUUAUUAGGUUUGGAUGCUCCAGCUGGUGCUGCAAUAACAAAUGGAAAUAAUAGCACUGCUAAUUCAGCUUUGAAUGAUGACUUAGAUAUCUUUGGCCCUAUGGUUUCAAAUCCACUUCCAUCUUCAACUGCACCUUUUACACAGGUUACUACAAGUAAGCCUGCAGCAAGCACUUCAGCCACAUCAGGGGAUCUUGAUCUCUUUACAGAACCAUCCUCGAAAUCAGAGGAAUCAACAAAGAAACCACUCUCCAAGGAUUCUAUCUUGUCGCUAUAUGGCAGUGGGACCAUACAGCAGACACCUGCUACUGCUGGUAUGUUUAUGGGACCACCUCAGAUUCCGUUUGCUUCCCAACCUUCUGCAAAUUUUCAAGCCUUUCCAAGCAUGGGGACUCAGAUGCCUCCUGCUGCCAUGAUGGGACCCGUCAUGGGACAGUCAAUGCCAAUGAUGGCUCAGAAUACAGGAAUGAUGGUGAACAUGGCAAUGCCAAAUGGAUAUAUGGGGAAUGCACAAGCUGGAGUAAUAGGACUUGCUCAAAAUGUAAUGGGGCCUCAAGCUGCAAUGCCAGGCAAUGCGGUUAACCCUCAGAACAUGUACACCAUGCAAGCAAACCAGCAAGGACAAUGGAACAUGAGCCAGAUGAAUCAUCAGAUGACUGCCAUGAAUUUGAAUGGACCAGCUGGCAUGAUGGGUUUUAAUCAAAGCACAAACACAAUGGGAGCCUGGACAGGAUCGAACACAGGCCAGACUCUCAGUACUCAGUUGUGGAAGUAAGCGGGGACGACGAUUCAGAGUAUCCGUCUGGCAUUUCUGCUCUGCUGCAAUCAGACUCUUUUUAUCUGUGUACUGACCCCCGGCCCCCAAACCACCCACCCCCCAAUUCCCCAAAUGGUAAUAAUGUGCAUUGAUUGAGUGGUGGGACAAAGUGGCAGCUCAUCCUUGUGCUGUCAUCAGAAUCCUUUUUCUUCCUUUUUUUUUUCUUUCUUUAAAAAAAAAAAAAAA